GGAGCCUUGGAAACAUGCUGCCUUUUGCCUUUUAGAACCUCUCCCCAAUAAAUUUGAUUUUCCCAUCUUCCCAUCGUUCCAAAAUCCCCACUUCCCCCAAACCCUCAUCCUCUCCAUCUCCGACCGGCGACUCUCUCAGUCACUUGAUGUCUCUGUUUCUUCCAAUCCAUGUCUCCGGUGACUCUUUCUCUCUCCGUCUUCUUGUUGGGCGAAGGACGGAAGGAGCCAGCUCAGCCAAGUUGGCAAUCCAAGACGGCAAGACCCGAAUGGCGAAAGACGACUCUCUUUUUCAGUCUCUCAGUGACUCUGUCUCUCUCAAACUCUCAAGCUCUCAAAGAUUUUCAGCCCUUCAAAGGUGACUGAAUCUAUUGCAGAUUAUGUUAAGUUUGAAGGGAGAAUUGGAAGAACUACAUGGGAACGAUCCGAUUCAAGUUCUCAGAUCACUGAAACAGAUCAUUUGGCAUUGUAAGCAGAAAAAAAUUGUCUUUGGGAAUGAUCAUUAUGUAGAUUUUGCGUCAUUCAUACGGCUCUUGGGUAGAGCAGAAAUGCCUCAUAUAGCUCAGAAAAUCUUUGUUGAGAUGAAAUCUGAUCGUUUUCAACCUUGCCUUGCUACCCUAUCAGCUCUGAUGCUGUGCCAUGCAGAGAAUGGCCUUUUCUCCUAUGCAAAGUCUGUAUGGGAAGAAAUUAUAGCUAGCUCAUUUGUUCCUAAUAUUGAGGUAGUUUCAGAUCUAAUGAAUGCAUAUGGGAAGAUGGGGCAUUUUAAUGAAGUAACCAGAAUUCUGCACGAAGUCACUUCAAGGGAUUUUGACUUGUCUCCUGAAGUUUACUCAGUGGCCAUCUCUUGUUUUGGAAAGGGAGGGCAGCUUGAAAUGAUGGAAGCAACUAUGAAGGAGAUGGUUCAAAGUGGUUUCAAUGUGGAUUCUGCUACUGCGAAUGCCUUCGUUAGCUAUUAUGCUGCAUUUGGUUCUCUAACUGAGAUGGAAGUUGCCUAUGGUCGCCUUAAAAAGUCUAGAAUUCUCAUAGAAGCAACAACAAUUAGGGCUGUAGCACUUGCCUAUAUAAAGGAAAGGAAGUUUUAUAGGUUAGGUGAGUUCUUGAAGGAUGUUGAUCUUGGUAGGAGGGAUGUGGGAAAUCUUCUCUGGAACAAUUUUCUUCUAUCAUAUGCUGGGAGGUUUAAAAUGAAAAGCCUGCAAAGAGAAUUUUUAAAAAUGGUGGAUGCAGGAUUUUCUCCGGAUCUUAAUACAUUUAAUAUUCGGUCUCUGGCUUUUUCAAGGAUGUCAUUAUUUUGGGAUUUACAUGUAAGCCUUGAACAUAUGAAACAUGAAAAGGUCAUCCCUGACCUUGUGACAUAUGGAUGUGUGGUUGAUGCAUACCUAGACAGAAAACUUGGAAGGAACAUGAAUUUUGCUUUAAACAAAAUGAAUGUUGAUAAUGCACCUAUUGUUUCAACGGAUCCUUUAGUGUUUGAGGUUUUUGGAAAAGGGGAUUUCCAUUCAAGCUCAGAAGCUUUCAUGGAGUACAAGAAACAGAGGAAGUGGACAUACAAGGAGCUAAUUGCAAUGUAUCUGAAGAAAGAGCACAGGAGGAACCAAAUCUUUUGGAAUUAUUGAAAACUAGCAUGAGUCUGUGUUUAUCCCAACAAUUGUUUAUAUUAAUUGUUUUUUUAGUAAGUGAAUAGUAAAUUAUUCAAUGUUGCUAUCUACACCAAA